GCAACAGUUGUUACUAUGAAAUGCCGCGUAAAAAAGUUGUAUUUCGUCAACAGUGGACCGAUGAGUAGCGGCGGAGACGACGCCGAUCGGACAAUGUGGCUAGCUGUGGUAGCAUCCAUUCUGAUCUCGAUCGCCACUCUUCUCUACCUGUACCUGACGUGGAAUUUCAACUACUGGAAGGACCGUGGAGUGUCUGGACCAAGGCCGAAACUAUUCCUGGGGACGUUCUCAAGUGGAUUCACCCAGAAGGAGCAUCCGGUGGAGGAGAAUAAUAGGAUUUACAACCAUUACAAAAAUGAUGCAACUUUCAUAGGCGGAUUUAGUUUUAGGAGUCCUCAACUGUUUAUUCUAUCAUCAACGCUCGCAAGAGAUAUUUUGCUAAAGUUUCAUAAACAUUUUCAAGCAAAUGACGUUAGCAUCGAUGUAUCUGCGGAUCCACUGCUGGCCAGACAUCCAUUUUUCCUGCAGGGUGAAGAUUGGCGCUUGCAGCGUGCUCAAGUGACGCUUGCCUUCACCAGUAAUCGGUUGAAAUCUCUCCUCCCAUUGAUGGACAACGUCUGCAGCAAAAUGGAUGAUCACAUUGAGCUGGAAGCGAAACUUGGACCAAUCGAAUCGAAAGAACUCGCUGCAAAAUAUACGACAGAUGUCGUAGCAAGUUGCAUUUUUGGCACCGAAGGGGGUUCUUUUACAGCUGAAAAGUCUGAAAUUCGUGAAAUCAGCAAAGCCCUCCUAAAUCAAACGUUCAUGUUCGUGGUACUAACAGUUGUUCAAUCAAUAGCACCGUUUGUUCGGCGGUUUGUGAAACUUAGUUUGAUUCCAAAGCGUAUUGAAGAUUUUUUCGUUGGGCUGAUGGGCGAGGCUAUCAGGACGAGGAAAGCUAAUGGAACUAGACAGAGUGAUUACCUCGAUUAUUUGAUUGGUCUUCAGGAAAAGAAGGAGAUAUCUGUACUGGACAUGGCCGCCCAUGGAGUUACGUUCUUCAUCGAUGGUUUCGAGACCACAAGUGAAGUGUUGGCGUUUGCACUGUUUGAAAUAGCUAUGAAUCGAGACGUUCAGAAGCGGUUACGACAAGAGAUUUUGGACACCGAAAAUAGAGAAGGGUCGCUGUUAUUCGAGACUAUCAUGGAGAUGUCCUUUUUGGACCAGGUUGUCAAUGAAACAUUACGUAAAUGGCCUCCUGCAUUUGCUUUGACCAAAGUGUGUACAGAAGACAUUAAUUUGGAACUUGCCAACGGCAAAAGCGUCAUGAUUGAAAGGGGCAUUUCUGCGAUAUUACCAAUCUGGGCGAUUCAACUGGACGAACAUCACUUUCCCGAUCCGGAACGAUUCGAUCCCGGGCGGUUCUCGGAGGCGGAGGGUGGACACAGUGCAAAGUAUUAUCAGGAGAGGGGUGUAUUUUUGCCGUUUGGAGAUGGACCACGUGCUUGCAUCGGUCGCCGGAUCGGGUUGCUUCAGGUGAAACGAGCUCUGGUGGAGAUUGUGAAAAAAUAUGAAAUUACGAUCAGCUCAAAGACGAUACUUCCGCUGCGGAUUGAUCCAAAGCAAUUUGUGGUUGCUCCACUAGGAGGGAUUUGGAUUGAUUAUAAUAAAAUUUAAUUGAUAAAAA